GAGGAUUUGAUCGCUGCUUGGGAGAACGGGAAGGCUUCACCCAUCGCUGAAGGGUCUUCUACUGCGCUUUGGCGAGUCUCCAAGAGCCUGUUCCAGGUAACUUUCAAUCACGAACACUGGACCUGUAUCUGGAAUGGAGAUUCCUCGGUACAUUCACUUCCCGUCUUCCGCUAGCAAGCCUCCAUCAGUCCUAAAGGGUUCACAAACGUCGAAAUCUCGCCGUCAAGCACAGAACAAGCCUCGAUCACGCUCUCGCGCUAUGACCUGUCUAUUGGGACGUCGUCACUCAGGGGUGGUGCGAGCCUGAUGGCCAGAUCUCGUUCUCUAUCGGUGCGAGCAGUAGGGACUUUAGGCCACAGGGGAAUAUUCCUACUUGAUCGUGCUUUUUGUUCGACACUUGUUGAAUCGAUUCAGUGCGUGUACUUAGUGGGUUUUUAUCGUAUUGGCGUAACGCUAGUAAUGCAUCAUGGGUCAAACAUAGUGUUGGCAGUAGGAUGUCUUCAAUACGCAGCGUGCAUCAAAAUACUCUACAAGUAGCAUUGCGUUCACGAUGUGCACACGAACGGUGUGGCAAGUCCAUUGCGCCUAUGCAACAACGUCCUUUUCUUCUUUUUCGACCUCGUAGUUCCAUCAUCGUCUGC